GCCAAAGCCGCGACGAGAGACAAGACGCCCGGGCACGCGCAGGCGCACCACCACCACCUCCCCCUCCGAUCUGCUCGCUGCCCCGUCCCCUCUCCGGCUGCCGCUCGCUGCGCGCGUCCCCCCCCCCCCCUACCGGUCAUGGCGGCCGAUCCCUCCGCGGCGGCGGCCGACCCCGACGGCCCCGACGCCGUCCGCCUGACCUGGAACGCCUGGCCGCGCUCCAAGGUGGAGGCCAGCCGCUGCGUCGUGCCGCUCGCUGCCGCGAUCUCGCCGGUCCGCUCGCCCGAGUCGCUCGCCUCGCCGCCGCUCCCGUACCCGCCGCUCCGCUGCAAGCCCCCUUGCUCCGCGCUCCUCAACCCCUUCGCCCGCGUCGACUUCGCCGCCAAGAUCUGGAUCUGUCCGCUCUGCUUCUCGCGCAACCACUUCCCGCCGCACUACGCCGCCAUCUCCGAGUCCAACGUCCCCGCCGAGCUCUUCCCGCAGUGCUCCACCGUCGAGUACGUCGUCGCCGGCGCCCCGGGCCACCAGGGCGGCUCGCCCGCGCCGCCGCCGCCGGUCUUCCUCUUCGUCAUCGACACGUGCGUCAUCGAGGAGGAGCUCGAGUACGUCAAGAUGUCCAUGCGGAAGGCCGUCGCGCUCCUGCCCGAGCACGCGCUCGUCGGCCUCGUCACCUUCGGGACGCAGGUGCAUCUGCACGAGCUCGGAUUCUCCGAUCUCAGCAAGAUCUACGUAUUCCGGGGGACCAAGGAGAUCUCCAAGGAGCAGAUUUUGGAUCAGCUUGGGUUGGCCGGUGCGGGGCGUCCGGGUUUCCCCAAGAUGCCUCAGCAGCCAGGCGGACCUCAGAUCAACGGAAUGCAUCCCCCGCCGACGGCUGGGGUGAAUAGGUUCUUGCUCCCGGUGUCAGAAUGCGAAUGCACGCUCAGCACGUUGCUGGACGAGUUGCAGCCUGACCAGUGGCCAGUGGAGACGGGGAACCGUGCGAUCCGGUGCACGGGUGUUGCGUUGAGUGUGGCAGCUGGCUUGCUUGGCGCUUGUAUGCCUGGGACUGGUGCAAGGAUCAUUGCGCUUCUUGGUGGGCCGUGCACGGAGGGUCCUGGAAUGAUUGUGUCAAAAGAUUUGUCAGAGCCAGUUAGAUCGCAUAAGGAUCUUGAUAAGGAUGCAGCUCCUCACUUCCAAAAAGCUGUCAAAUUUUACGAUGGCCUUGCCAAACAAUUGGUCAGUCAAGGCCAUGUCUUAGACGUUUUUGCAUCCGCUCUUGAUCAGGUUGGGCUUGCCGAGAUGAAGGGCUCUAUUGAGAGAACAGGUGGCCUUGUUGUCUUAUCUGAAAGCUUUGGGCAUUCAGUAUUUAAGGAUUCCUUUAAACGUAUUUUUGAGGGGGGUGAACAGUCUCUCGACCUUUCAUUCAAUGGCACGCUUGAAAUAAACUGUUCGAAGGACAUUAAGGUUCAAGGUAUUAUUGGACCAUGUACAUCUUUGGAAAAGAAAGGAGCACUUUGCGCUGACACAGUUGUUGGUCAAGGAAAUACAACAGCAUGGAAAAUGUGUGGUCUUGACAGGAAUACUUCAUUGACAGUAUUUUUUGAUGUCUCACCGAGUGAGCGGUCAAGCCAACCAGGACAUCAAAAUCCCGAGCUGUAUAUACAAUUUGUAACAAGUUACCAACACCCAGAAGGACAAAUGAGGAUUAGAGUUAGUACUAUAUGCAGAAAAUGGGUGGAUGGAUCUACCAACACUGAGGAAUUAGUCGAGGGUUUUGACCAGGAAACUGCAGCUGUUGUGUUGGCAAGAUAUAUUUCUUUGAAAAUGGAAAUGGAGGAAGAGUUCGAUGCAACACGGUGGCUUGAUAGAUCUCUCAUACGGCUUUGUUCAAGAUUUGGGGAUUAUCGGAAGGACGAUCCAUCUUCAUUUAGCCUGCAUUCAAAUUUCUCUUUGUUCCCUCAGUUUAUGUUUAAUCUACGGCGUUCACAAUUUGUUCAGGUUUUCAAUAACAGUCCAGAUGAGACAGCUUAUUUCCGGAUGUUACUCAACCGUGAGAGUAUCACUAACUCGGUUGCCAUGAUUCAGCCAUCAUUAAUUUCGUUUUCUUUUGAUUCGCCUCCAUCUCCUGUAUUCCUCGAUGUGGCAUCAAUAGCAGCAGAUCGUAUACUGCUACUUGAUGCAUACUUCAGUGUUGUCAUCUUCCAUGGUAUGACAAUUGCACAGUGGAGAAACAUGGGUUAUCAGAAUCAACCUGAGCAUCAGCAAUUUGCACAAUUAUUGCAAGCUCCUCACGAGGAGGCUCAGAUAAUAAUUAAAGGACGAUUUCCUGUUCCAAGACUAGUUGUCUGUGACCAACAUGGCUCACAGGCAAGGUUCUUGUUGGCGAAGCUGAACCCAUCGGCCACAUAUAACUCAGCGCAUGACGUUCCUCCAGGUUCCGACAUCAUAUUCACGGAUGAUGUUAGUUUCCAGGUCUUCUGUGAGCAUCUUCAAAGGCUGGCAGUUCAGUCGUAAGGACACAUGUAUGCAAAGUUGUACACCCUAUUUGAUAGCUAUAUUUACCGGGUUGGUAGGUCUGAGUUGUGGGAGAUUUCUGCUUUCCUUUUUUUGACCCCAUGUGUUCUUACAUUGUGUCAGGUUUUCCGACAUUAGACAAUUUUUUCGGGAAAUAAUCUUCAAAGCAUGUAUAAGUUGUCCCCAUAAUAUUAUUAUCCAUCAUAUAUACUUAUAUAAAUAUCGAC